AUGAACUAUCCGCCGCCGUUCAAAGGUCACCCUCCUCUCUCCACCGCCAUCUCUCCACCGUCCACCCCUUUAUCCGCUCUCAGCGCUCUCCUCAACCUCACAGACACUGCCCUUCGCUCCCUCCCGACACCUCUUCCCGCCAACGCCGCCUCUCCUUCUCUCCUUCAGUGCCCUUUCAAUCCCAAUCACCGUCUUCCCCCUUCCUCCCUUUUCUCCCAUUUUCUCCAUUGCCCUUCCCCUAUAUCUCUCCCUCCACUCCACUACCCUUACACUCUUCACUCCUCUUCAUCUGCCGCCUCCACCACACCCCUAAACCAACUCGAUCCCUCCUCUGACCUCUGCCUGUCCCUGGAAAACUUCCUUGAUUGCACCAAUUUUUUCUACUCUAAUUGUCCUGGAGUCGUCACGCUUACUAACAAUGAAACUUCAACGUCUGCAGUCUCACCUCCAAUGCUCACUUUGCCUGGAUUUUUAUCGAUUGAAUGCGGAAAUUUCAAUAAUAACCCCUCGAAGGAGUUGAUGGGUUUUUUGGUAAACUCAAUUAGGCUUCUGCCUUCAGAGAUAUGGGCGGUUGGGAAUGAAACGGAAGCAUGGAGUGGUUUUCCUACCGCGUAUUCUUAUAGAAUUUUGCGUUCAAUUCUGAGAUUGCGCGAUGAUAAAUUGUUGCGACUCCGCAAAUGGAUUCUCGCAGAAUCGCCCAAGUACGGAGUGGUAAUUGAUUUUGCUAUGAGAGAUCACCUGGUUUUGCUGGUUAGGCUGUGUUUGAAGGCGAUGGUAAGGGAGGCUUUUGGUUUAUCUGGUUCUUUGUUUCGUGAUGAAGAGGAGAAGACGGAAGAUCAAGAGUUAGGAUUGAGCAAAGGGAGUUUUGCCUGCCCGGUUUUGGUGGAAGUACUAUUGUGGUUAGCUUCAGUGUUGAGCAUAUUGUACGGUGAAGUGAAUGGCAAGUUUUUUGCCAUCAAUAUGUUAAAGCAAUGCGUGUUAGAUUCUUCAUUGAGUGCUUCAUUGUUUCCUUUGGAGCAUAAGGAUUCUGAAUCAAGUGAUUUAGAGAGGGUGGAUGAUGAAAUGAAGGAGUCACCGGACAGUAGUGUAUCAAUUGUCUAUAGUGAGGAGAGUGAAAGGAAUAGCAUUGAACUUCCAACUGUCUGCGGCAGCACAAUUCUGGUUUCCCAAGUGGCAGCUGCUGUUGCAGCAUUGCAUGAGAGGUCAAUGAUUGAAGAAAGGAUCAGGGCUUUACGUGCAUCAAGAACGCUGUCCACAUACCAACGUAAUGUGGAGCAUGCACAUGUGUCCCACAAAGCUGACGAGGAAAGGAAAAAUCGCUCGGACUAUAGACCUAUAAUUGAACAUGAUGGGCUGCUUUGGCAGCGGUCGCGCAACCAGGAUACAAAUAAAGUAAAGACAAGGGAGGAGUUAUUAGCUGAGGAAAGAGAUUACAAACGCCGGAGAACGUCGUAUCGUGGCAAGAAAUCGAAGCGAAAUACUAUAGAGGUAAUGAGAGAUAUAAUAGAGGAAUACAUGGAAGAAAUCAAGUCUUCAGGAGGUAUUGGUUGCAUAGGCAAGGGAAUAGAAGAGGCAGAAGCACUUUCAUCUGAAAAAUUCUCAGUACUAGACAGUUCUACUGGCAUUUUUGAUACCAGGAAAAGCUUACCUGACAUGGUUGAAGGAAGUGGAGGUCGAUCACAUAGUUACAGAAAAGAGUUUCAUACUCGUUAUGAUUCAAAGGACUUUGAGGAUGAUAAUGAGAAUCACAGGCGUGAUCCUAAGAGGCAGUAUGGAUAUCAAGAUUUUAAUGCUGGUAUUGAGAAGGUCAAACACAAUAGAGAUGAUUAUUCCAGAAGCCUGGAUGGAAGGAAUAGUAGCAACCAUUCAUGCGAACAGACACACAGUAGAGGAAAGAGAGAUUAUAUAGAAGUUUCUGGAGAAGGUUCUUCACGACGUUCAGAUCGAAGCCAUAGCAAAUCUCAUGAUCGAAGUAGUCAUAAAAGAGAGAGAGAUGAAGAUAAUUGGGAGCAUAGAGAUCGACGGAGAAGCAAAACAGACAAGGAUCGCAGAUCUGAUUAUAAAUUACGAAAUGAGUUUGUGGACAGAUACGAUCCUUCUCAUUCUCAUGAUACUCAUGGGGACGAUGUCUGA